CCCCUCCUGCUCCAACCUUUGGCGUUUAGGGUUUUCAGUUUGAAGACGACGUCCUCCCUCCUCUUUAUUAUCCUCUCUGUCUCAGCGGUAAUCAACCAAAUUCUGCAACUAUGAGUCGUUCGGGUCAGCCUCCAGAUCUCAAGAAAUACAUGGAUAAGAAGCUUCAAAUCAAGCUGAAUGCAAAUAGGAUGAUUGUUGGAACACUUCGUGGAUUUGAUCAAUUUAUGAAUCUGGUGGUUGACAACACUGUUGAGGUGAAUGGCAACGAGAAAACUGACAUAGGCAUGGUGGUUAUCAGAGGAAAUAGCGUUGUCACGGUUGAAGCUCUUGAACCUGUUAGCAGAGCACAGUGAUUCUUGUUGGGUGGAUUUGUGUUUUGUGUUUUUCUUCUAUUAGAUUUCAGGUGUGAUAUGGUUGAUACUCUCGGAAAGUAAUUAAAUGUAUAAUUCUGGUGAUUCUGAUGGAAUGUUAAAUUACAUGCUUUAGACCUAGUAGUUAUGCCACAUAGCUCAUGUUAUUCCA